AUGGACAACAUAACACAUAACUUAGAACAAAUACCGUACCUAGAACGAAGAACAAUGUUCACAGAGACGAGGACCAAAACCGCACAUGUGGCCGAAAGACAGAACCAAGAACACAAAAGAAAGAACACAGCACAGAACCAAGAACACAGAAGAAAGAACACAGCACAAGAACCAAGAACACAGAAGAAAGAAUACAGCACAGAACCAAGAACACAGAAGAAAGAACACAGCACAGAACCAAGAACACAAGACACAGCACAGAACAAGAACACAGAAGAAAGAACACAAAAGAACACAGCACAGAACCAAGAACACAGAAGAAAGAACACAGCACAGAACCAAGAACACAGAAGAAAGAACACACACAGAACACAGAAGAAAGAACACAGCACAGAACCAAGAACACAAAAGAAAGAACACAGCACAGAACCAAGAACACAGAAGAAAGAACACAGCACAGAACCAAGAACACAGAAGAAAGAAAACAGCACAGAACACAAGAACACAGCACAGACAGCACAGAACCAAGAACACAGAAGAAAGAACACAGCACAGAACCAAGAACACAGAACCAAGAACACAGAAGAAAGAAUACACACCACAGAACCUGAACUGAACCUCGAACCACAACGCAGUGCAGAACGAACAUAUAACAUGGAAAAAUAA